AUGAAGUUUCUUGAGUACACGCCUCUCGCGAGGCUUAAUUCUUUUCUUUCACACCUUAACCUUCGCGACCACCAAUUACAAGGCCUUCUUGAAGCGUACUCAUGUAAAGCAGCAGGGAUCGACAAGAAGUUGUCAAGAAGCGUGGAGCAAGAGGUGGUUGAUGCUCUCGCUGCUUCGCCCAUGGAGCUAGCAGCGUCGCCUGUUGGCCCUCUCUCCACCUCUCAAAGUCGCAAGACCCUCGUGUACCUCAUCCUCACACUCAACCACGUUUACCCUGACUACGACUUCAGCACGCUGCGUUCGCAUCACUUCAGCAAGGAGAGCGGCCCAGGGGCAGUCAAGGACCCCAUAGACCAGCUGCUGCGCGAAGCAGCCAAGCUGUGGGAGGAGGAGAUGGGCAGCGACGUGGCCUUUGCUGACGCCCUCUGGUCCUCAAUAGACGAUGUGAUACAGCUGAGCGAGUGCGAUGUGUACAGUUACCAACCAGACGUUGACACUGACAUAUUCACUGACAGCAACAGCAUAUGGUCCUUCAACUACUUCUUCUACAACCGCAAGCUGAAGCGAGUGCUAUACUUCACCUGUCGCUGUCGCAGCAAGGUGGGAGCAGAGGACUCAUCAUCUGAGGAAGGUGACAGCGUUGAGGACUAUGCUGACAUGGCAGCUGACAUGGACCUCUAA